AAGUUUUAUAGCGAUGAGAUAGUAUUUACCACAGUUGGGGAGCGAGCGAGCCUUGGAUAUGUUGAAGACAAUGAUAGAGUAGGAGGAUCUCAGAUUAAUUUCCCUCUCGCGUCGCAUCCAGAAGACUCACCCAAGUACCAGCCAUGGCUGCGCUUGUCUCGAGCUGUCGGAGAUUGCAGCCUGUUCUCUCCAAACAGUCUUCCGCAUUUGUACGUAACAUGAACAGCCAUCAACAAUUGGUCAACUUCCCCAAACCUAAAGCCCGUGGACCUAAAGCUCUUCCUGUGAAGAUUGUGAACCCUACGCCCAGUGGUUUCAUGGAUUACGAUGCAGAACUGGAAGUCAGUUCAACAGGUCGUCAGUAUGGAUUCGCUCCAACUCCUCAUCCUCUCCCUUCCCAUGAAACCAUGUGGGAAGGAUUUACUCCACAGAUGAAGGGACAUACACCCAAGAAGAGGGCGAAAAAGAGAUGUAAUGGACGCAUGGUGUUCAAUGUGGAGAGACAGUAUCUUCCGCACAAAAGCAUUUGUGCAUUUUGCAGAUCAACAGCGGAGAACAAGUCAACGAACCUCAUGUUUUUGAUGAACUUCAUCCAUCCCAUCUCCUGGAACACCUAUCGCUGGACCGUGUCUGGUCUUUGUCAGUAUGCUGAGGCUCAAGUUAGAAUCUUACUGGAGGACGCACGUGCGAAUGGUUUUCUGCCCCGCCACCCACCGCCCAUCACAACUGACAAGCAUUGGCAACCGCCGGGUGAAAUGUUGGACUUGCGCCACUACGCCUGGUACACGCGCGAUGAGAGAAAGCGUGACAUGAGGAAGUACGCUCUCGAUCUCAGAUAUAGCAAGCAGUUCAAGCACAGAGUUUAAGUCCAGCCGUUCUUCUCAAGUUUGAUCGCACCCGUAUAAUAUGGAGAAAGAGAAACCUGGCAUGUCAAUAUAGUGAUUAUAUACGAAACCACUAAACUACUUACCUGACCAGUUGCACUUCUUCCUGGCAGCGUGUUUCCGCUACUCCGACACCUUGUAGUGUACAUGCCAGCAGCAAUGUGCGUUGCUGUGCGUUGCUGUGUGUUGCUCUGUGUGGACGGUAUCACCCCGCGGGUCUUGCACUCCUGCAGCUUAGCGGCAGGACCUGUUGGUGGUGGUGGUGCAGUGACUGGUGUCAAGGUGUUGUGUGGAGUGAUGUGGAGGGAGACAGAGACAGAGAGAAGCAUUUCAGUUGGCAUGGUUUGUGUACAGUUGUGUCAAAAGUGAAAUUCAGACCAAUUGUCAUUGCUAAACAUCAGUCCUGACUUGGCUGGCCAAAACUGUAUAAAAAUAAAAUAAUUUUGUCUACCAUCAACCGCCUCAACUCGAACUGCACUGCGUACUAUUCACUCAAACAUUCCUCUUUUUUUGGUUGCUCUAUAGUAAGGUCUUAGAUCAUCAUCAGGUUAUCCCGAGACGUA